UAGUGGUUUCGUCCGUCCUCAGGGUUUCUCUUUCCUGAGCCGUGCUCGCAUCAUUUCUAUAACAUUUAGUUUUAGUUUAAAAGAAAUUAUCAGUAAAACUAAGAAGAUAGGUAACAACAGCGAAAUGGCAGUCAGUGAAGGUCUUCGAUCACCGAGGAGGGAUGAUGCAGACUAUAAGUUACAUUUCCGAAUGAUAAACGAGCAACAAGUGGAGGAUAUCGGUCUUGACUUCUUCUACAAGCCACACACUAUAACACUGUUGACAGUCACAGUGCUCAGCCUGAUGUACUUUGCAUUCACGAGGGACAAUGAACACUCAGACAAUAAUCUCCGUGUUGGUCUGUUGGUAGUUGUCUCCUUUUUCUUGGUCAUCAGUAUUCUGGCCUUCCCUAAUGGACCCUUCACAAGGCCACAUCCUGCAAUAUGGCGAAUGGUGUUUGGUCUCAGUGUGCUCUACUUCCUGUUUCUUGUCUUUCUCAUAUUCCUUAACUGGGACCAAGUGAAAAGUCUCAUGUAUUGGCUAGACCCAAAUCUGCGUUAUGCCAAACGGGAAGCUGAUGUUAUGGCAUAUGCUGUAAACUGUACAGUAAUAACAUGGGAGCGCAUCCUGAGCCACUUCGACAUCUUUGCAUUCGGCCACUUUGCAGGAUGGGCCAUGAAGGCUUUGCUGAUCCGCAGCUACGGCCUGUGCUGGACCAUUAGCAUCACCUGGGAACUCACUGAGCUAUUCUUCAUGCAUCUUUUGCCAAACUUUGCGGAGUGCUGGUGGGAUCAGGUGAUACUCGACAUACUGUUAUGUAAUGGUGGAGGCAUCUGGUUGGGCAUGACAGUCUGCCAUUUUCUGGAGAUGAGGACCUACCGCUGGGCUAGCAUCAAAGAAAUCCACACCACCACUGGGAAGAUAAAGCGAGCCGUUCUCCAGUUCACCCCAGCCAGCUGGACUUAUGUGCGCUGGUUUGACCCAAAGUCCUCCUUCCAGAGGCUGGCAGGCAUCUACCUCUUUAUGAUCUUAUGGCAGCUAACAGAGUUGAACACGUUCUUCCUGAAGCACAUCUUCAUCUUCCAAGCUUCACAUCCUUUCAGCUGGUGUCGUAUCCUCCUUAUCGGAAUCAUUACCGCCCCCACUGUACGACAGUACUAUGCAUACCUGACAGACACUCAGUGUAAACGAGUUGGGACGCAGUGUUGGGUGUUUGGAGCCAUCGCUUUCCUGGAGGCUCUUGUUUGUGUGAAAUUUGGCCAAGACUUAUUUUCUAAGACCCAAAUUCGCCAUGUUCUUUUAUGGCUCUUCUGUCUGGCACUUAUCACACUCCUAUGUUUAUAUGCGAUGGUGUGGUAUGAGCAACGCAAAGUGAAGAGCAUUUCUUUACAAACUGAGGACUGCAAUGAUAGCAGCCCUGACUCACCUGCUCAUGUCUCAGAUGGCCUUGCAGCUCAUAUAAAUUCUUUAAAAAGUUUACAACCAACAAAACGGAAGAAGGCCUCUGCUAGAAACAGAUAUGUGAACAGCCAUGGAGGAAAGAGAUAGUAAACAUCACUAAAUAUUCAUAACUGCUGUGGAGGAGAUGAGUGGAUGAUACAUUCAACAAAAGGAAUACAGAAUAUGGUUUACUUUAUGGAAAAGUUAAAAGUUGUGUCAUUGUUUUAGGGAAUCUCAGAAUGAGCAUAUAUGUGGAAAUUGGAGGCAAAACACAAGAAGAAGCUUAAGCCAUCAUAGACCUGCAGAAUGGAGUCUUGAUUUUCUUUAUUUUAAAAAUGAAGACUGCCAUAUUUGGACUGUACAAACUACCAU